CUCACUUCAAGACUCGAACUCCCACUUGGUUUUGAUGACGUGGCAUUACAGUUACAAUACACCUUUUAGGGCUAUAAAAUAAGAUUUACCACUUCCCCUUCUUGUAUAGUAUAUUGUUUCAGCCAUAUUUUUGGCUAGCUAAGCUAAGCUCUUAUAGCCAUAUAGUUGUUCCUUCAGUUAUCACUCUCAUCAAACUCUCUGAUGGAAGCCAAAGCUGCUGGUUGCACCCGAGACGGCACGGUCGAUCUCCAGGGACGCCCUGUUCAUGCCUCCAAGACUGGAAAAUGGAAAGCUUGUUCUUUCCUUGUUGGAUACGAAGCAUUUGAGAGGAUGGCCUUCUAUGGAAUAGCUUCCAAUUUGGUGAAUUACUUGACCACCCAACUUCACGAAGACACAGUUUCUUCAGUCAGGAAUGUCAAUAAUUGGUCUGGAGCAAUAUGGAUGACACCGAUUCUUGGGGCUUACAUAGCUGACUCUUACUUGGGUCGUUUCUGGACUUUCACUUUCUCCUCCCUCAUUUACGGAAUGAUGCUUCUGACAAUGGCUGUUUCACUCAAAAGCUUCAAACCAGGCUGCACCAAUGGCGUUUGCAACAAGGCCUCCACUUCACAGAUUGCAUUCUUCUACAUUUCUCUCUACACCAUAGCAAUAGGUUCUGGAGGGACAAAACCCAACAUAUCCACCUUUGGGGCAGACCAAUUUGACGAUUUUGACCCCUAUGAGAAACAGCUCAAGGCCUCAUUUUUCAACUGGUGGAUGUUCAGCUCUUUCUUGGGUGCCCUGGUUGCAACUCUUGGCCUUGUUUAUAUUCAGGAAAACUUGGGGUGGGGGUUAGGGUAUGGCAUCCCCACAGUCGGUCUCGUGUUAUCCUUGUUCAUCUUUUAUUUUGGAACCCCAAUGUAUAGGCACAAAGUUAGUAAGACCAAAAGCCCUGCAAGAGAUUUCAUUCAAGUUCCCAUUGCUGCCUAUAAAAAUAGAAAUCUUCAGCUCCCUAGCAACCCAUCUGAGCUUCAUGAGUUUGAACCACAAUAUUACGUUAAUAGUGGAAAACGCCAGAUGUACCACACUCCAAUUUUUAGGUUUUUGGACAAGGCUGCGGUAAAAGAUGACGACAACACAGACGUCUCAGUUAGGGCACCAUGCACUGUGACUCAGGUUGAAGGAACAAAGCUUGUUGUAGGAAUGGCCAUGAUAUGGCUUGUCACACUAAUUCCUAGCACCAUUUGGGCACAAAUCAACACUCUUUUUGUCAAACAAGGUACCACCCUCGACCGAAGCUUAGGCGGACACUUCCGAAUCCCUGCAGCCUCCUUGGGGAGCUUUGUGACCCUCUCAAUGCUUCUUUCGGUGCCUCUGUACGACCGUUACUUUGUGCCACUUGUACGUGCUAGAACUAAAAACCCUAGGGGAAUCACACUUCUCCAAAGGCUUGGCAUUGGAUUCGUGAUACAAGUUAUAGCCAUCGCAGUUGCUUAUGCUGUGGAAGUUCGGAGAAUGUGUGUGAUUAGAGUGCACCAUGUCAACGGGCCUAAAGAAAUAGUACCCAUGAGCAUUUUUUGGUUGCUGCCCCAGUAUAUGCUCCUAGGGAUAGCUGAUGUUUUCAAUGCAAUUGGGUUAUUAGAGUUUUUCUAUGAUCAGUCUCCGGAGGACAUGCAGAGUCUUGGGACAACUUUUUUCACAAGUGGGAUUGGGGUUGGUAACUUCUUGAAUAGCUUUCUGGUAACUAUGGUGGAUAAAAUUACCAGGAGGAAUGGGGGUAAAAGUUGGAUUGCGAAUAACUUGAAUGACUGUCACUUGGAUUAUUACUACGGAUUUCUUAUGGUCAUAUCUAUUCUCAACUUAGGGGCAUUUUUGUGGGCAUCUUGCAAAUUUUACAAAAGGGAGUCUGUGGAAGUGGAGGAGGGUUGCGUACUUAAGAUGGUGGAGGGUACAGCAAUUCCCACUCCUCCACUUGGACUACAAGUCUAAAGAAGGUUAGAAUGUUUGGUGCAUGUAUAUUGACUACCGUACGUUGUAAUAUGGAUUAUGGUUAGUCCACUUUUAUUUGCCAAUAUGUAAACUUUUUUACUUUCGAUCUUUAGUUUAUAUUACAUCAUGUGGAUUAUGCUUC